UGCUACGUGGCCAUUUGUCACCCCCUAAGGUACGUAGUCAUCAUGAAGUCCUGCCUCUGUUUUCUGCUGGUUCUGGUCUCUUUGUUCGUUAGCCUUUGGGAAGCCCUCCUCCACACUCUGCUGUUGCUGAGUUUGUCCUUCUGCUCAGCCCUGGAGAUCCCCCACUUCUUCUGUGAACUUGCUCAGGUCCUCAGGCUGGCCUGUUCUGAUACCUUCAUCAAUAACAUCCUGAUAUAUUUUGCAGCUUUAAUGUUUGGUGGUCUUCCUCUCUCUGGGAUCAUUUUUUCUUAUAUUCACAUUGUGUCCUCUGUCUUGAGAAUGCCCUCAUCAGAAGGGAAGCAUAAAGUCUUUUCCACCUGUGGGUCUUGCCUUUCUGUUUUCUCCUUGUUCUAUGGGACAUCUUUUGGGGUGUACAUUAGCUCUGCAGUGACAGACUCCUCCAGGAAGGCUGCAGUGGCUUCAGUGAUGUACACUGUGGUCCCUCAGAUGGUGAACCCCUUUAUCUACAGCCUGAGGAACAGGGACAUGAAGGAGUCCUUCAGGAUGCUCACAGGCCAGACGACUUCUCUACUAUAA